AUGACAUGCAUUGGCUCACCUUGUGGAGCUUGCAAAUUCCUCAGGAGAAAAUGUGUGAGAGGCUGCGUUUUUGCACCGUAUUUUUGCCACGAACAAGGAGCUACACACUUUGCUGCCAUCCACAAGGUUUUCGGGGCGAGCAAUGUGUCGAAACUCCUCACGCAUUUGCCGGUGCAAGACCGUUGUGAGGCCGCCAUCACCAUUGCGUAUGAAGCACAGGCCAGGCUUCAAGACCCAAUUUAUGGCUGUGUUGCACAUAUCUUUGCACUACAGCAACAAGUUAUCAACCUGCAAGCACAAUUAGCUGUUGUGAAGGAACAAGCAGCACAGAGAUUUGUCAAUGGUUCCAGUUCUCAACAAGAUGGGCAAUGGUACUAUCAGAAUUCAUCAAUCAAUGCUGCAGAAACAAUGUCAGCAUACGAGAACGGCCUUAUGACAUCCAUUAAUGGCUUUCAGUCUUCCACUCAAGAUGAUAACAAACAUUUGUGUGGAAUUCAUCAAGAGAACAAUGGGACACCAAGUAAUCUGGAUAUGGAGGACCUUCAAUCAAUUGCAUUUGGAUGCCUCUUUCACUAG